AUGGGUACACUGCUCGGUUUUGCAUAUCUUCUACAUCAAAAAAAAUGGAUUGGUCGUUUGUUUGCCGUGUUACAGUGGUCUGUGGGUUUACCAUUAACUUUGAUUAGUAAACAAACCGGUAAUACUUUGAAACCGUAUUGCUCCGUUGACCUGUACAAUGCUAAAUACUGGCAGAAUAUUCGGUGCAUUACAACAGUCAUUCAUUCGAGUGCUUCGCUAGUUAUUCUUGUGCUUAUCUGUCAUAACUACUUCGAGUCGUUGCGCAACAAGACUGGAAUUAAAUCGGUCACCGAAAUCCGAAAACCGUCAGAUAAUUCUGCAACCAAUAUUUCGGGAUCAAUUGUUCUUAUAAAUUCUCUUUUGGCUUUCACCAGUGUUAUAGUAUCUCAAAACUUUCUACCGUCAGCCAGCAAUAAUUUUAACGCUUAUGUUUCUCAGUUAUCAGACUUUGCUGUUUUCGAACAAGUUGAGUUUUGUCUGCUGCCAACAGCGACCCUAAUGCUAAUAUGCUGGAUGGUCGGUAGCAACCCUUGUAUCCGAGAGUCAUUUGCCCGAAUCAUCGGUACUGAGCAACAGAAACCAAACCCCGACUUCAACAUUUUUAUCCCUGCUGAGUAA